AUGACCUUCAGCACAUGGCUUGAUGGGGUCGUAGGAGGAGGAAUUGUGGAAACAAUUACUUAUCAGGUCUACGACCGAGCCUCUGGGACCUAUGUAACACGCACCUUCCAGAAUCCCAACACGUUGCUCGAUGAUGUCGCCAGUGUGGUCUGUACCGGAGCGGCUGCUGUUAUGUGCUGGGCAGCGUGGAGGUACUACCAACGUAGUGUGUCUCUGCGCAAGUACGGCCGGGACAUGACGGCCUUGGCCGGCAAGGCAGACCCGGUGAUUGGCCGCGACGACGAGAUUGAUCGUGUUAUCUGCAUCCUCAGCCGCCGGACCAAGAACUGUGCGGCGCUAGUCGGUGCCGCAGGGGUCGGCAAGACAGCCAUUGCCGAGGGCCUCGCUCAACGCAUUGCUGCUGGGACAGUCCCUGCCGCCCUCGCUGGAGCAUGCAUUGUGGAAGUUGAUCUCGGGGCCAUGGUGGCUGGGACUAUGUUCCGUUGCAUGUUUGAGCAGCGCAUCAAGAAUGUGAUCAAGCUGGCAGAGGAUGCGGACGGCAAGGUAAUUCUCUUCAUCGACGAGAUGCACAUGCUUCUUGGCGCAGGAGGCGGUCUGGCCCAGAAGAGUACGACGGAUGCUGCCAACAUGCUGAAGCCGGCAUUGGCCCGUGGUCGUAUCCGAUGUGUGGCCGCGACGACUUUGGAUGAGUACCACAAGUACAUUGAGAAGGAUGCCGCAUUGGAGCGGCGAUUCCAAAAGGUGCAUGUCGAGGAACCGAGCACGCAGUCCACCAUUGCCAUUCUGCGAGGGCUGAAAGAAAGGUAUAAGCAGCACCAUGGCUUGGAAAUCCAGGAUGCUGCUCUUGUUGCUGCCACAACACUCGCUGCCCGCUAUAUCACUGGUCGUCAAUUUCCUGAUAAGGCAAUUGACCUGAUUGAUGAGGCAUGCGCCACUGCAGAGAAAAAGAUGAUGCAAAUUGACAAACAAGAACAGCAAUUUAGCAUUGCACUAACUUCCUCUGCAAUGAAGGAAGCAAUUGUUGGCCCAGAUCAAGUUGCACAAGUUGUGAGCCGAUGGACUGGAAUUCCUGUCACCACGCUUAAUCAAGGGGAGAAGGAUAAGUUGAUCCACCUAGCGGCUAGAUUGCAUGAACGAGUUGUUGGCCAGGAUGAAGCGGUCGCGGGCCGCCGUCUGCUGCUGGCGCUGCUCCUACGGGAGGUACUGGUCGUGGUGCUCCUCCGGUUCUUGGUGCCGCCGGCGCCGUUCCUACGAGAGGUACUGCUCGUGGUGCUCCUCCGGUUCUUGGAGCCGCCGCUGCGGGCGGUGUUGGGUGUAGCGUUCCGCUGA